CAACUGACGCCAUUUAGUUUAGUGUUGCCCAAGUCCAGCAACAAAAAACUCAGUGAAGUGGAGAUCCUUGUGUGUGCCAAGCCUUCUCACGUGGCCAGCUUGUUCCAGAUCACACAACCUAAUCUCAGUCUUUUUCCCACUGCUACACGGACACUCUGGCAUGGAGGAAUUUAUGGGAGAAACCAAGAAGACCAAAGAGGAGUGUCUGGAAACGGUCUGAAUUCCAUUUGGAGUUUGGAAAUUUGGAGUUUUCUGAGAAUUGUUCUUAGUUUGGAUACUUGGAACUUGGGGAAGUUGGGGCAAAGAAAAGAAGAAGAACAAGAAGAAGAACAAGGAUACUAGAGGACACUGGACGAUAAAAGAUUAACCUGUUUAAGAAAAAAUCCAGAUCUGCUACAUCUGAAUUCUUCUUCUGCCUUUUUGAACACAUUGGGUCCGAACUGUUCAUCGGCACCUGGCUUUGUUGAUUUAGUCCAGCGGCAGCAGUGGAGGCGCGAUGGCAGGGGUUUUGGAAGGCCCACGUAUGCGCUCAGAUAGCAACUCCAGCACAGGUUCCAGCAGGACAAUGCUACGCCAGAGGCUCUCUCAGCUCCUCACAUGCGUGGAGGACCUCAGCUCUGAUGACGACGCCACUGAAGAGGUGUCCCGCACCCUGGAUGAAGCCUUUCAGCUCUGUGGAAGAUAUAGUACAGAGUUCUUCAGGGAGGAACCAUCUGUCUCUCUCUCCCUCAGACUGCACAUAGUGACAUGGAACGUUGCCACAUCGGAGCCUCCAGAUGACGUGAGAUCACUGUUGCAACUUGACUCUGACUCCCCUACUGACCUUUACGUGAUUGGUCUGCAAGAGGUGAGAGCCACUCCAGUGAAGUAUAUAUCUGAUCUUCUAGCAGAAGACUCAUGGAGCCAUCUUUUUAUGAACACUCUGGGACCAAAUGGCUUUGUCAAGGUAACUUCUGUGAGGAUGCAGGGUCUCCUCUUGAUUGUCUUUGCGAAACAGACCCAUCUUCCUUUUAUCCGUGACAUCGAGAGCACAUAUACUCGCACCGGCAUCUUGGGCUAUUGGGGGAAUAAAGGUGGCGUGUCGGUGCGUUUCUCCCUGUACGGCCACAUGCUUUGUUUCCUGAACUGCCACCUGGCAGCUCAUAUGAACUAUGCUGUGCAGCGCGUGGACGAGUUUGAAUACAUCCUGGAUUCUCAAGACUUCGACUUCCACAACACACCAAAUGUGCUCGAUCACAAGGUGGUGUUCUGGUUUGGAGAUUUGAACUUUCGCAUUGCGGAUCACGGCCUGCACUUCUUGCGUUCCUCCAUCAACAGCGGCCGCUUUAACCUGCUAUGGAGCAAAGACCAACUGAUGAUGAUGAAGAAGAAGGAGCCACUGUUGCAGGAGUUUGAGGAAGGACCUUUAAAGUUCAAACCCACAUACAAAUUUGAUCGCUUCUCUGAGACGUACGACACAAGCCCGCAGAGGACAUGGUUUGGUUUUACUGGCAAGAAGCGGAAGCCGGCCUGGACUGAUCGGAUCCUGUGGAGAAUAAAACCCAGCAAUAAUGAACAGAGCGGUUCGAUUGCAGACGAUGAAGAGGUUUCCAUUAAGGUGACACAAGACCUGUACACCUGUGAUGCAUCGUAUGGAGUCAGUGACCAUAAACCUGUCAUCAGCAGCUUUAACAUAGAGCUGCAGAAGCAGGUGGACACGCCGCUGGUGUGUGUUAGUGCUGAGGGCGAGUGGAGUGCUGACGAGGAUGCAGUGCUUACCUACUUCAUCCAGGAAAGAUUUGACACCUGCACUUCAGACUGGAUCGGCCUCUACAAGAUUGGCUUCAAAAGUGCUCUGGAUUAUACUGCCUUCGCCUGGGUCCCAGAACACGAGAUCCCUGGAGUUAAUGAAGUGGUUCAGCUGAGCAUGAAGAAAGAUGACCUCCCCCUGCUGGCAGGGGAUUACAUUCUGGGUUACUUCAGCAGAAACAUGCAGUCCCUGGUGGGCCUUAGCCCUACUUUCCAGAUAAUGGAGUCUAGACUGGCUCUGUUGGAAGGCCUGGUGCCUGAGAAUGUUAAUGGACUCGACAAGUAAUCAGUCAGCUGCACCUGAUUGUAUUCACCAAGCAUCCGAGAACAGCAGCGUUCAUCCAGGAUCAGUUCAGAGCCUGCAGACAGACAGCUGGAUCACUGUGUGCUAAAAGACUAAACUGAUCCAGGAACAGCACUCUUCUGGUGACUGAUAGUACUUGUAGUAAUUAAAAAAAGAAUUAAUAACAUAUUAUAUUAUAUCAUGAAAAUAAAAUUAAAAAUGAAAUUCCAGUCUUUCAAUUUGUGUACUUUUAAAUGUAAUGACUGUGUUGGUAUUAUAUUUUAUUCACAUGAAAAUCUGUGAUUCUAAAUGAAUAAAAUGACAAAACAUUUGUUUUCA